AGUUGAGCUGCUGCACGACGUCGGGGAUGAUGUCGAGUACGUUGCCGCUUACAUGGGUGAUGUUGUACAUGUCGUCAGCGCACGUGCAAGGGAACGCUACCGUAAAUACAUGUGAGAAACAUGUGCAAUAUUCCUUCCUAUUCCGGCAGUGCAAAUUACCGACAACCAGGGAUUAUGCUUUGCCUUGGAUCGUGCCGGGAAAGACCGGAAGUGAGGUGCGGAUACAGUUACAUCCGGGCAUCACGCAUUGGCGGAGAACCCUGGCACAGGAUCCACCUGUCUUUGAAAUUCCUGGAUUUCUGACGGCAAAAGAGUGUUCCCUGAUCAUCAGCCAGGCUAGAUCACGGGGUCUGCGGGGGGCACGGCAGAUGGGGGCCCAGGCAGCGAGAACCAGCAAUGAAGCUUCGGGACGGGUAGCACAGACAGCCUUUGUCAGCGGAGGACGCCAUCUUCUGUCCAUACGGCACAGGAUUUCAGCUCUGACGGGAAUUCCCCUCGACCUAGUUCUGGAGAGUGAACCUGUGCAGGUGGUGAUGUACACGGAUGGGGGAUACUAUCACAGCCACUACGACAGUUCCGGGGACGGAGGGGCAGGGAAACCAUGCUGCCACCAGACAUGGUUCCCCCACACCAAACACCGCUGCGUCUUGUGUAGAUACCUGACGGUGCUGGUGUACCUGAAUGACGUCGAGGAGGGAGGAGAAACUGCAUUCCCUGUCGCAGACCAGGAUCACGGUUUCAAAAUAUCGAAAGAACACACGAACCUGACUGAACACUGUCACCGGGCACCUGUUGCCGUGACACCGGAGAUGGGGAAGGCAGUCAUGUGGUACAACCAUCACAUGGACGAGAAGACUGGUUGGAUGGGGUCUUUGCACCGACGGUCCCUUCAUGGUGGAUGCAAUGUCAAACAUGGGGAGAAGUGGAUCGCCAAUUUUUGGAUCAAUGCAGCUCGCUAUGUGGAUAAAGAUAAACAUAGUAUAUAUACGGAACGCUGGGAGUAGCGCUGAAUCAGAAAUAUUUACAACCCCCCACCCCACCCCCCCCCCC